AUAUGAAAUUCUCAAUUUGCUUACCCAGUGUGGACGAAUUGGUAUUGAUACUGGAGAAAUGCACGAAAGCUAAGCGACUGAUUCAAUGCAAGCAAAUUCACGGUUUCCUUUUGGGAUCCGGAUUCGAAAUCAACACUGCCUCUAUGGAUUCUAAGCUCGUUGCCUCUUACGCAGCCAGCGGGGAUCUCAGAUCAGCUCACCUCUUGUUUCAUCAAAUUCAAUCCCCAAAUAUCUUCGCCUUCAAUUGGAUGAUAUCUUCCAACGCCUUCAUUGGAGCUUACGACGAUUCUCUUUCGUAUUUCUCAUCCCUACAGGUUUCAUCAACUAUUUAUCCCAACACUUACACUUUUUCCAGUGUCUUGAAAGCUUACGUCGGUUUGAAUGACCUAAAAAACGGAAGUAAGAUCCAUUCCACUGUGCGUAAAUUGGGUUUUGUCUUUGAUCUAAGUGUAGGGAAUGCUCUGAUCGAUAUGUACUGUAAAUGCGGGAAUCUAAGUUUUGCUCGCCAAUUGUUCGAUGAAAUGCCUACAAGAGACGUUGCUUCAUUAACAUCCAUGAUUUGUGGGUAUUCAAACGCAGGGCAGUUGAAUCAAUCAAUUCUCCUCUUUGAGAAGAUGAAAUCGAUGGGGUUGCAACCGAAUGACUUCACCUGGAAUGCGAUGAUCACUGCACACGCCAGGGUUGGAGAUUGUGAAGGAACUGUGAGAUGGAUCACGAGAAUGACUACUGAACAAGGAUUGGUUCCUGAUUUAAAGACAUGGAAUGCAGUUAUAUCAGGCUUUGUUCAAAGCCAACGCCUUGAAGAAGCUCUUAGAGCAUUUCAGGACAUGUUUAAUGCUGGUGUAAACCCGAAUCAUGUAACCGUAACCGCUUUCCUCCCUGCCUGUGGUUUGGCUGGUUUGCCUCUAAUAGGAAAAGCUGUUCAUGGCCUUAUUUACAGAAUGGGGUUGAGUGUUAACAUUUUCGUUGCCAGUGCCCUAAUAGAUAUGUACUCAAAAUGUGGAAGAUUGAUGGAAGCGAGAAUUGUGUUUGAUAAAACUCGGGUGAAGAAUGUUGCGUCGUGGAAUGCCAUGAUCGGUUGUUAUGGAAAGCACGGAAUGGUUGAUUCGUCGUUGAAUCUUUUCGAGAGGAUGAAAGAUGAAGGAGUUGAAGCCAACGAGGUCACUUUCCUUUGUGUUCUUUCGGCUUGUGGUCAUGGGAGUUUAGUUGAGAAAGGUUUGGAUAUUUAUAAGCAGAUGAGACCGGAAGAGGUGAAGGAAGAGCAUCGUGCUUGUGUUUUGGAUCUUCUUUGUCGUUCGGGGAGAAUGGAAGAAGCUUAUGAAAUUGUGAAGGAGAUGAAAAUGGAAGUGACGGAUUCGAUGAUUGGUGCUUUCUUAAAUGGAUGUAAAGUGCACGAAAGAGAAGAUCUUGCGAAAAGGAUGGUUGUGAAGAUGGAGGCGGAGGAGGAGCAGGGGAAGAAGAAGAAGGGUGCUUGUCUUGUGGCAAUGUCGAAUGUUUUUGCUGUUAAUGGAGAAUGGGAACAAGUUGAGAAAAUGAGAAAUGAGAUGAAGGAGAAAAGGGUUCUAAAAAAGCCUGGUUUCAGUUCGGUUGAAAAUUGUAAUCAUUUAUUUAAAGAUCAUCAAAACUAUUAUUAAAAAUUUACACCCAUAUCAGUAAUUCUUUUCUUUUGUUCAA